AUGCUUGCCGGCAGUAUGAAUAACGAUAAUGAUAAUGUUAUUGACUUGAUAUCGGAUAGUGGUGAUGAUUUUGAUUCUGACUCUGACGAUCCAACUUCUACAAAUGUCACAUCUGGCGAGAAUGGCGGAGGUCAAUCAGUCUGCUUUCAGGAUGAAGAUUUGUUGAGGAGCACUCCCUCUUCUUCCAGGUCUAAUAUAAAUGAUAAUGGUCAGUACAGAACUCUGCCACCUUCCUUCGCAAAUGGUAUUGAUAUUGAGAAAGCCCGUUAUACACUAGGUUCGGAGGACAGAACUUAUCCACAUUCAAAUUCGGGGCCAAGACACGAUUCUGGAAGGGCCUCUCUCUCGUCCAGUAGACUUGAUAUCACAGUGAGGGAGCGCAAUGGUUUGGCAGUGGAUGCAAAUGGCAAUAACAAGAGGAUUCUUCCUUCAUCUUUUUCCAGUGGAAGCACGUCAAAAUCUACACAUCCAAGUGUUGCAAGUGAGAGCCGUAAACUCCCAUCACGUUUUACCAGUGGAAAUUCACAAAGGUUGGAUGAUAAUAGUAUGGGAACAAAUGAUGGCAAUUGCACUGGGCAGCCUUCAUCUUCAAGGUUCUCAAUCCGAAGCUACUCUGUGAGUAAUGCCCAGAAGGAUACCAUGGAAAAUGACGAUGAUGAUGUCUAUGUAUAUGAUAGUCCUAGUUCACAUAGGAUGCUGCCUGCAUCUUUUGGAGGCCAUAACUCUGCCAGUAACAAUGAACUUGCUAAUGUUAAUGACAUGCAAGCUCGUCCAAACCUAGAAAAUAGGUUUAUGGAUCCUGACGAGAGCGCGGUAUAUCAAGAGGCUCUUCAGAACAUUAGUCUGGAUAAAAGGGAAGAUGAUCUCGAUGAGGGUGUCUUAUCAGUAUCUCUGCUUAAGCACCAGAAAAUGGCAUUAGCUUGGAUGGUUUCGAAGGAGAAUAGUUCACAUUGUGCAGGAGGAAUUCUUGCAGAUGAUCAGGGUCUUGGGAAGACUGUGUCUACAAUUGCCCUUAUACUAAAACAGAAGAGUCAGCAGUCUAAGUUCAUGUGUGCUGAUUCAGAUCCUUUGAAAUCUGAAGCGCUAAACCUUGAUGAAGACGAUGAGGCAGUGACUGUUGUUGAUAAGGAGAAACAGUCUGUGAACGAUGGACCCAAGAAGGAUUUAGACGCUAGUUUAUCAACAGCAGCUAGUACUAGUGAUGUUAAACCAUCUAGUAGUCAUAUGGAUAUUGUUCCAAAUAGAAUUGUUGAAAGCAAAGUUGAACGCAAGAAGACUAAAACAGGCACAUCAUCUGCAUCAUCAACCAUGCGAUCCAUGAUGAGGCCAGCUGCAGGUACUUUAGUAGUAUGCCCUGCUAGUGUUCUUAAGCAGUGGGCUAAUGAAUUGAAUGACAAGGUUAGUCAAAGUGCUAGGUUAUCUGUUUUAGUCUACCAUGGUGGUGCAAGGACCAAAGAUCCAAGUGAGCUGGCAAAAUAUGAUGUCGUUGUCACGACAUACACAAUUGUGGCGAAUGAAGUGCCUAAACAGAAUGCUGAUGAUGACCAAGAUCAAAAGAAUGGGGAAGAAUCUUCUGUUGGUAAUAAAAGAAAACCACCAAGCAAAUCUAAGAAAAGGAAGAAGAAACUUAAGGAUUCAGAUAUUGACCUUGACAGUGGCCCAGUUGCCCGGGUACGGUGGUUUCGGGUGGUUCUUGAUGAAGCUCAGACGAUAAAAAAUUUCCGAACUCAAGUGGCUAAAGGCUGUUGUGGACUAAGAGCAAAAAGGAGAUGGUGCUUAUCAGGAACACCUAUACAAAAUUCAAUCGAUGAGCUCUACAGCUAUUUCCGUUUCUUGAAAUAUGACCCAUAUUCUACAUAUAGCUCAUUUUGUACAAUGAUAAAGCACCCAAUUGCUAGAAAUGCAGUCCAUGGGUAUAAGAAACUACAAACUGUGUUGAGGAUAGUUCUCCUGCGUCGCACAAAAGAAACUACGAUAAAUGGAGAACCGAUCAUAAACUUACCUCCAAAGACAAUUAAGUUGCAAAAGGUGGAUUUCACAAAGGAGGAGCGAGCUUUUUAUUUGACACUGGAAGAACGUUCUCGGCAACAGUUCAAGGAAUAUGCUGCUGCCGGAACAGUCAAACAAAACUAUGCCAAUAUCCUUUUAUUGUUGUUGCGCCUUAGGCAGGCUUGUGAUCAUCCUCUUCUUGUGAAGGGGCAUCAGUCAGUAUUUAAAGGCGAUGGUUCUAUAGAGAUGGCAAAACAACUUUCCAAGGAAAGGGUAAUAGAUUUGCUUGCAAGGCUGGAAGUAUCAGCGCUUUGUGCUGUAUGCCGUGACACACCUGAGGAUGCUGUUGUGGCGAUGUGUGGUCAUAUUUUCUGCUAUCAGUGUAUAUACGAGCGGAUAACAACUGAUGAAAACAUGUGCCCCGUCCCUAAUUGCAGAAACACGUUAAGUACUGAAUCAGUAUUUUCAUCAGGGACAUUAAAGAUUUGUAUCUCCGGCAAGACCAGUACUCAUGCGAUAGCGAGUUCAUCAGCAGACGAUGAGCUAUCUUCUAUCAGUCAAAGCAGUUACAUCUCCUCGAAGAUACAAGCGACCGUCGAUAUACUGAAUUCUAUCAUUAACAUGCAUGCCCUUACAGACAGCGAUACCAUUGAAUCAAAUCCAAACCGAGUAUCCCCUGUGAAAGCCAUUGUCUUCUCGCAGUGGACUGGCAUGCUGGAUUUGCUGGAGUUUUCACUGAACAGCAAUCUUAUACAGUACAGGAGACUAGACGGAACAAUGUCCCUCAAUUCAAGAGAUAAAGCCGUGAAGGAUUUUAACACCGACGCAGAGGUCAUUCCCCUCACCCAACUUGUCUCUUUUGCUACUUCUGGACAAUCAUCUGACAUUAUGCUGCUGGAUGUCUUCUUUUUUCAGGUUAGAGUUAUGAUUAUGUCAUUGAAAGCGGGUAAUCUUGGUCUGAACAUGGUUGCUGCUUGCCAUGUAAUACUCCUUGAUCUUUGGUGGAAUCCUUAUGCUGAGGACCAGGCAAUUGAUAGAGCACACAGAAUUGGUCAGACUCGUCCGGUCACUGUCUCUCGUCUAACCAUUACAGAUACGGUGGAAGAUCGUAUUUUAUCUCUGCAGGAGGAAAAGAGAGCGAUGGUCAACUCUGCUUUCGGUGAAGACAAAUCCAGUGCCCACGCUACUCGGCUGACUGUAGAUGAUCUGAGGUAUCUGUUUAGGAUAUGA